GUUCAAAACACUAAAUGCAAAGCUGGCAUGAGUUCUUUAAGUGUAAUUGUUCCCCAGAAUAUCUCCAUUGUUCGUCCUGAAUACUUUUUCAUCACUGGACUUUCAGAUAUACCGUACAACAGUUAUUACCAUAUUUUCUUAUUUACGGUUUAUUUUAAAACUGUACUUGGGAACUCUAUAGUCCUUCUCAUUAUUGCUUUUAAACGAAGUUUGCACAGUCCUAAAUACUUUGCUGUGUUUAACUUGGCCUUGGGUGAUAUUGGUGUAACCAGUGCAGUGAUUCCUAACAUGAUGAAGACUUUUUUUUUUGACUCACAGUACAUCUCCUACAAUGCUUGUUUGGCAAACAUGUUUUUUGUAAACCUCUUUAUUACUGUGCAAAGUUUUACUCUUGUCGUUAUGGCAUAUGAUCGCUUCAUUGCAAUUUGCUUUCCAUUAAGAUAUCAUGCCAUAGUGAAUAAUACUGUCAUGACCUUAGUGUUUUUAGUAUUAUGGGUAUUUAACACUUUUGUGGUGGCUCUGCCAGUGUCUUUGGUCACUCGACUUUCAUUUUGUAAAUCCAAUGUAAUACAGAGCUUUUAUUGUGAUUAUGGACCAGUGUUUAGGUUGGCAUGCAAUGGCAAUAGCAUUAAUACGUUUAUAACAAACCUCAGUGCAGUUUUAUUCCUUGUAACACCAUUGUUCAUUAUAGUCCUUUCAUAUCUGGGAAUUUUUUUUGCCUUAAGUAAAAUAACAACUUGGGAAGCACGUUUAAAAGCACUGAAGACCUGUGUUUCUCACCUUUUGUUAGUUGGAUCAUUCUUUCUUCCUGUAAUAUUUAUUGUCAUUGCUUCAUCAAUUACUUCUCUUACUCCCAAUGCCAAAGUCAUCAGCACAUCUCUUUCAUUUACUCUUCCACCAAUGCUAAAUCCCAUUAUUUAUGUUUUAAACACAGCUGAAAUCAGAGUCUUGUUUCGAAAAGUGCUUAAAAACAGAUCUGUAGCAAUUAGAAAGAACAUUACAAAAUGA